CUUAUAUUUAAUAUUAAUAGUUUGGAGAAAAUUCAACUAAGGACUGCAAAAAUCCGGACAAAGUUCAAUCUUCUCGGGCAUGAUACGAAUCCGCAGAACACUCGCCGCCUACUGCGCUCCCUUCUGGAAAACCCUCACCCAAUUGCGAGCCAAGAACCUCGGGCGCCCUCCAAAUCCCCGCGCCCCUCCAGAAUCCCCCAGCAUACAUUUGCAGGCUGGUGCGGUGGACUCUGGAGGGGCGCGGGGAAUCACAUGAAACGAAACCAAAAGACAGAAAAACCAAGAGGAAGCAAGUUGCAAAAGCCGCUAAGCGGAGCACUUCCAGGACGAGGAGGCGACAAUAGUGACCGUUUUUGUGCAGUUCUUAGUUGACUUAGCGCCAUUCUAAUCAGCCAUCUGCGGAAGCACCAGAGGCACAGCGAGCACGCCACACCAUCGAAACUUAACAAAAAGAGGAGGCGCGAGCCCUUUGGAACUCAAGCGGCAACCGGUCCAGCCCUUCUUGAGAAAUGCCACGAAAUUGAAUAAACCUCUCUAUUGUUUGCCGCUUUCCUGCUCGCAAGGCCAUUUUUGGAAAAAAAUCUGAAGACAUCUUUUCACUUUUUUCAUCAAAAAUGGCCUAGCGAGCAGGAAAGCGGCAAACAAUAGAGAGGUUUAUUCAAUUCUGGCGAAACCCCCGCAAACUUCCCCGCUGAAAUACUUCAAAAGAGUGCGAACAACGCCAGCAAACCCCCCCGACAAUCUGCGCACAAACGGCGGCGCGCGUGAGUGGUCUGACCAUUUGAAGGCGGCAGCGCGUCGCUUCUCUUUGUAACUAAUCCCACCCGGCGCGAGAGCUUCGGGGCGCCGGGUGGUCAAAAGUCCAACACUUAACAACAUGAAAAGACCCAAGAACGAAGAACCUCGGGCGGAGUGUCUCAAACCUUUCCGAUUAUGGCGAAAAAUUCGACCACAGACAAGUGGAGUUAGAAUGGAGAAAAUUCAACUAAGGACUGCAAAAAUCCGGACAAAAUUCAAUCUUCUCGGGCAUGAUACGAAUCCGCAGAACACUCGCCGCCUACUGCGCUCCCUUCUGGAAAACCCUCACCCAAUUGCGAGCCAAGAACCUCGGGCGCCCUCCAAAUCCCCGCGCCCCUCCAGAAUCCCCCAGCAUACAUUUGCAGGCUGGUGCGGUGGACUCUGGAGGGGCGCGGGGAAUCACAUGAAACGAAACCAAAAGACAGAAAAACCAAGAGGAAGCAAGUUGCAAAAGCCGCUAAGCGGAGCACUUCCAGGACGAGGAGGCGACAAUAGUGACCGUUUUUGUGCAGUUCUUAGUUGACUUAGCGCCAUUCUAAUCAGCCACCUGCGGAAGCACCAGAGGCACAGCGAGCACGCCACACCAUCGAAACCUAACAAAAAGAGGAGGCGCGAGCCCUUUGGAACUCAAGCGGCAACCGGUCCAGCCCUUCUUGAGAAAUGCCACGAAAUUGAAUAAACCUCUCUAUUGUUUGCCGCUUUCCUGCUCGCAAGGCCAUUUUUGGAAAAAAAUCUGAAGACAUCUUUUCACUUUUUUCAUCAAAAAUGGCCUAGCGAGCAGGAAAGCGGCAAACAAUAGAGAGGUUUAUUCAAUUCUGGCGAAACCCCCGCAAACUUCCCCGCUGAAAUACUUCAAAAGAGUGCGAACAACGCCAGCAAACCCCCCCGACAAUCUGCGCACAAACGGCGGCGCGCGUGAGUGGUCUGACCAUUUGAAGGCGGCAGCGCGUCGCUUCUCUUUGUAACUAAUCCCACCCGGCGCGAGAGCUUCGGGGCGCCGGGUGGUCAAAAGUCCAACACUUAACAACAUGAAAAGACCCAAGAACGAAGAACCUCGGGCGGAGUGUCUCAAACCUUUCCGAUUAUGGCGAAAAAUUCGACCACAGACAAGUGGAGUUAGAAUGGAGAAAAUUCAACUAAGGACUCCAAAAAUCCGGACAAAGUUCAAUCUUCUCGGGCAUGAUACGAAUCCGCAGAACACUCGCCGCCUACUGCGCUCCCUUCUGGAAAACCCUCACCCAAUUGCGAGCCAAGAACCUCGGGCGCCCUCCAAAUCCCCGCGCCCCUCCAGAAUCCCCCAGCAUACAUUUGCAGGCUGGCGCGGUGGACUCUGGAGAGGCGCGGGGACUCACAUGAAACGAAACCAAACGACAGAAAAACCAAGAGAAAACAAGUUACAGAAGUCGCUAAGCGGAGCACUUCCAGGACGAGGAGGCGACAAUAAAGACCGUUUUUGUGCAGUUCUUAGUUGACUUAGCGCCUUUAUAUUCAUAGAAGCUUUUUUUCGAAAAUAAUAAUAAUGUCGGGCAUGCUUUCCGCUGCCCCGGUUGCUCCUAUCGAGCUGGACUCGAUUCAACGGAAGCUAUUCGACAUUCAUAAUGCCGUCGACGAGCGUUCCGCAUUACGAAGGUACUAACUCUGUUUUUGAGUUUGGUGGAGCGGAAGUUCAUGGUGUAGCAACCGAACUGCAGAUACGACUCAUGAUUAUCUACCUACUCGAAAAACUGAAAUAUCCGAGUUACUGACUGAAGUAAGGGGCGUGGCUUAACAUCAAGACUACUCUUCUUUCUCAUCAGUAUCUCGGUUAUUCUCGUCUGUUACUCGCUUAUUUCAGUUUUUCGAGUAACCACCCUCAUCAUUUUCGCCACAUUUUCUCCUAUGAUGCCACAAUAACCUGAAACUAAGUACAUUUGAUAUUCUAAAUCGUCCCACACAAAACCAGAUUAAGUCUAGUCCUUGAGUCUGAUGACCAUAUUGGCCUUUCCUUUUGGCUCGCAGCCAGUCUCCAAUUGGCUGCUACGGUCUUUUUCUUCUUCCAAGUCUUCUUGGUGCCACGUCGAUGGGCCAAUUCUAUGAUCGUAGCUGGCCUGGUCACGGGCGUUGCCUGGCAUCAUUAUGUUAAGGCUCAGCUUUCAAUGGUCAUUGGGGUUGGUCACUGAGAUCGAAGAAGCGACCCCUUUAGAAAACAGGGGAAAAGGAAGGGAAAGGGGAGAGCUUUGAAGGGAGUCUCUUCCGUUCAGCAUCAUGAUGACCAUUGAAUGCUGAGCUUUAAUUAUGCCUAUAUGAAAGACCUGUGGGCUGAUACACAGAAGGCGCCGACGGUUUACCGAUAUAUGGAUUGGUAGAAUAAAUUACCUUUAUUUGCGUGAAGUAGAGUAGUCGGACAACUCGGAGUCGUGCUACCUGGAGCUGUAGUAAACUUCCAAAUGAGGAUCAGGACUGUGAUUAUGGUUUCUUAGAGCAGGAGCACCCACGGUGGAUCCGAAUCUUGACAUCUUCAUGUGGCUCUUCACCGUAUAAUUACUAUCAACGACUUAUCGCUUCAUCUUCUCGCGGUAUUCAACAACCAGGUUGAUCACGGUCCCCAUGCAAGUGGUCGAGUUUUAUCUGAUUUUGAUUGCCGCCACUCCUGAGGAAAAACGCGUUACACUCGGAUCUGGUCUCUUUUUCCGGUUGCUAGCUUCCUCGAUGCUCAUGCUUGUUUUUGGAUACAUGGUACUGUGUAGUAGGUGUCGUGUUUCUAGUCAGUAUUACCAUGAUUAGGCUGCUCCUAGUCCGAGAUAACGAUGGAUAAGGAUAACUAGUACUGUAUUGUACUCUGAAUUCAUAGCGCUCUUGAUCCUUGAAGAAAUGACUCCUUUUCAUCAGCAAAUGCCUGCUUGGUUACCAGCACCUUCCCAUGCAUCACAGCUUCCAAUUUUGCGAACUUUCGCUCUUUUAAUACAACAGGGCGAAACAGAAGUCUCCGACAAAUGGGUAGCUUUCACUGCUGGGAUGCUCUGUUGGUUUUACAUAGUUUACGAAGUCUACCUCGGAGAGGCGUCUAAACUGAGUGGAAAACUAUCCUUGGACGAGGCUAAGAAAUUUCUGCAAAACCUGUCGGGUGACGAUGCAUCGCCGUCAUCGAGUAAACAAGAUGCCGAGAGGAUCGCUAAAAAGAAAAAAAGCAAUAUAAAGGAACUCAAAGUCGCCACGUAAUUUUCGCAUUGCGCGACUUAUAUUGCUAAUAUUUGUUGCUCCUCUUUUCGUACUACUCGUAGCAGUGAGUUGUAUUAAAUUUCCUACAGUUAGAUGAAGAAAGUUGUACUAGGUUCUCUUUUUUAUCAUCUGGUGAAUAUCCUGACACCAUCGAAGUAGAUUCUCUUUUUUGCCAUGUAGUGAAGAACAUGACAGGAUCACCUCUUUGAUAUUAGAUAUCUUGAUGUUUACAGUGCCAGUGGCAUCCGAGAAUUCAAGAAGCCAGAGGCACAGUUGGCGUUCGAGACAUUGCGGGCUAUCAUCCUUGUUGGCUGGGCACUGUACCCUAUCGGAUACGUUGCAGGAAAUAUGGGUGGCGGGAACGAAGAGGAUUUGUUUUAUGAACGGAAACCUUUGUGGUUGUGAAGGUUAAUCUUCGCCUGUCUUGAUGAUGGUCUUGAUCGUCUUUAUUUUUUGAAGAUUCUUCUAAGUCUAACUCACAGAAAAAUCAUGUUUUGAAUAUGAUGUUCAUAUCGAUCUUGUGUCCCAAGACUUUCUUGUGCUCAUGAACGACAAGCCAAAAGUUUUACCCCGCUCUCAACAUGUACCACUGAAUUCUCUGCUUCUCCUUUCCUUCUCCAAGUAAAAAACGGAAUUUACAACCUAGCGGAUUUCGUCAACAAGGUAGCGUUUGGGUGUGCAGUGUACUACGCGGCGGGCAGCCAAAGCGAACGGGAAUUAUGACGAUCGAGAUAAUGCCGAGUCACUAUCGAUGUUGUAGGUCGAAAGUACUGGAAGAAUGCACGAGGCUGAAUUCAAUCAUAUCCGGAUUUUUAAUGUACUACUUAUACCCAUAAUUUAUUCAACUACUUUCUCGUUCUAAGGAAAAAAGCAGUAGCAGUUCAGAGCCAGGCACCGUCAGUGGACCAGCUAGUGGCUCGGAAAGAUGGUCAGUUGGACGUCGUGGCUCAGGCCCUUCAGCGUAAGCUCGCAGAGAGCUAUAAGACAACCGCAGCUCCGAAUAUGUUCGCCGGAGUAGGAAAACCAGCUGGAUUCGGUCCUCUAGGAGGUACUAGUGGUGAAGGCCUGUCAGGAAUGAUGAUGGGAAUGACGUCUCCAACAUCCAUGGGAGGAAUGCAGAUGCCAACAGCGGGAAUGCCAGGUGGGAAAAUGCAAAUGCCAGGUGCGAUGCCAGGUCCAGCUGGAGGUAUCAUGGGAAUGCCAGGAGCUGCAGGUGGAGGCGGACAGAUGCAGAUGCCAGCAGCGGGAAUGCCAGGAGGAACAGUUAAGGCUGUCAUGAUAAUUCAUUUCCGCCGGUAAUCGCUCUCUGUUCGUUGCGUCUUGAUCUUACGAACAACUGAAUCGAUGAGCUUUUUUAUACGAGCUCGAUGUAGAAGAUUAGUUAUCGCGCUGAGCUGCUUGUCUAAGACAGGAAUGCAGAUGCCUGGGGCAAUGCCAGCAGGAGGAAAUAUGCCAAUGCCGGGAGCAGCCACACCACCUGGUCUCGGGCCAAUGCCGCAAAUGACGGGUGGAAUACAGAUGCCUGGGGGGAUGCAAAUGCCUGGUGGAAUGCAGAUGCCCCAAAUGACUCCUGGGAUGCCAAUGCCCCAAAUGACUCCUGGGAUGCCAAUGCCCCAAAUGACACCAGCGACAGGGAUGAUGACAUUAAGGCAAGAUUUUUGUCGUGGUGAAGGUCAGUCUACUCUAUGCACGUCAGUUGUAAAACUUGUCCUAGAACAAUAAGAAGAAAACAGCUGGUCAUGCUAAUUGAAUCGUCUUAUCAAAUAAUCUUGGUCUAAUCAAAGCAGCUACGCCGACUCUGCUGAAUAGCCGACCAGGUGGUGGAUUGUUGUUUCAACCUAUUGGCGCCUCGAGUCCUUCAGUCGGGAAUGCGACGGGAGAUAGUCCUGGCAAGCCUGUUCAGGCGUGAGUUGUAGGAUUUUUUUUUUAGAUAGGCUUGUUAUUGUUUCCCUGAAGUAGAUUGUGGAAUACAAAUAAACCAUUAACAUCGUAUAGAUUCGUAUACUUAGAGAAUGGUGGUUGGCCAACAUUUCUAGCAGAGGAAGUAGAGCUCAUAAUAGAUUUUGAUGUCAUAGUUGUAGUCGACGUGAGUCUCGAUUUCAAUGUAAAAAUCCGAGACUUCUUAAUACUAGUACGUAUAAAUUUUGUUUGACGCUAGAAGAAGAAGUACGACUAGUACGAGUGUAGGUAUACAAGAACAAGUAAAGAAAAUGCAAAAGGUAGCAAGAGGAAGACAACUACUGCAACAGACGCGGCUCACAGUGUGGGAACGAUACUGCCAGAUUCUUUUUGCACAGAUACACAGAAGUGAGUAGAAAAGUAGUACAAGACCUACAGUAGACGGAUUGCAGUCUUAGUACAAGUAGACCUAGAGUACGGUGCAUGUUAUUUUCGUGUCUUCAAUAUCCUAGUCUAUUUAGAUUUUUUCUGAGUUUAUUUCAACAUGCUCCGAGAAGUUAUUACUUAUAUUCUUGUCGCACUUGUUAACUAUGAAAAUAGUACCAUCGUCAAUGUGUUCUUGGUUGCGCAUCAUGCAGGACAGCACAGUGAUAAUGAUAUUUGAGGUUUCUCUUCUGAAGCUUUUGAGUUCACGAAGACCCCGAGAACGGUUUUCCGUUCCGUGAAGGUCCUUGCAAGAAAAACCAGCAAACGAAGAGAAGAGAAGAUCUCUAUCUCGUAGGAAGAUCUUCCCGUUACGUUGACUUUCUUUGAUGUGGA